AAGAGGGAUGCGACGGAGAUGGCUGAACUUAGAUAGCGUUGUUUUUGGGAAUAUGUUCACCAUGGACCUUAUCCGGAGGAAAGAGGGGAGCGGGGGGCGACUGUUUGUCCUGGCAGUCAUUUUCGGGUGGUGUUUAGGGUCUGUGCGCUGUUUUGGACAGAGCCAAGACAGCGAGUUCACGUUUCUGCUGCCAGCCGGAAGAUCGGAGUGUUUCUUUCAAACAGCAGUAAAGAAUGGCACAAUGGAGGUCGAGUAUCAGGUGAUAGCAGGUGCUGGUAUGGAUGUUGACGUCACCAUCCUCUCUCCAGAAGGCGUCCGGCUCAUCAUGGAGUCUCGACGCUCUGACGGAGUCCAUGUGGUGGAGCCUACAGAGGAGGGAGACUAUCAGAUCUGCUUUGACAACAGCUUCAGUCGCUUCUCAGAGAAGAUGGUAUUCUUUGAAAUUAUCAUCGAGGGUCAAGGAGGGGAUGUGGGUGGAGAUGAGGAGUGGGCGGGUUUAGAGGAGCCUGAUGGAAGCCUGCUGGAGUACAAGCUGGAAGACAUCCGGGAGUCCAUGGACUCUCUGCACAGACGCUUGGAGCGCAGCCGGCAGAUGCAGACAGUGUUGCGGGCUUUUGAAGCGCGGGACCGAAACCUUCUGGAAGAUAACCUUUGGAGGGUCUCAUUCUGGUCCUGUGCCAGUGUGCUGGUGAUGCUGUGUGUGGCCCUCACUCAGGUCUACACUGUCCGUAAGCUGUUUGACGAUAAGCGGAGGGUCUACACAUAAAGAAACCGUUGUGCUGCAUCACAAGUCAAGCUGGGAAGAAAACUGGGUAACUGGUUCCCUGCUUAGAUUGUACUCCAUUACUUCUCAUUUUGUCUACAUGAACACCAGCAUUCAACAUCAGCUCUACUGGACCUUUUUUUUUUUCUAAAAUCUUGUUUUCAGUUUGUGAGCAACAAUUAGAUAUUAUUGCUGUGGAUCAUGAAGGGUAACCAGACAAGGAAGAGACUGCGGAAGUUGUAGUUGGUCAUUUAAUUUAAUGAAAUGCCUUUAAUGUCAAACCAGAGAGAAAGUACACAAACCACAAACCAGAGAGAAAGUACAUUUUGAAAAACAAGGUCUACAUAGACAGAACAAAAAAUAUUAUAUAAGUACUGUCCUUUGUUGUUUGAAAGCGUUUGAGGUUUUUUUUUGGGGGGGGGGGAUUUUUCCACAAAAGGUGAAAUCGUCCUUCUUAAAGGUUAAAUGUCGGUUCUAUGACGUUACUAAACUAAUCCACAGAACGCCUAGUUUAUCGGUUUACAAGUGAAAACAAUGUGCAAUAGGGUUGUUGGCGUAUUUGUUCUUCCUGACUGUAAGAUCCUGCCAUUAUAUUGGUGAUUUAUCAAUCCAAAUGGCUCCUUCUGUUUUUGUUUUUUGUUUUUCUGAGAUGUUACUGAUUUCUUUUCAUGUGCCAGUACAAGUCCAUGUUGACAAAAAAGAAUGUCGAGUAAGAAACAGGAAUGAUUUCCAGUGCGAUUGCCAAUAACGUACAUGUGUCAGUACUCCUCCAGACACAUAUGUAUGUCAGUGUAGAUAUGCAUCAAGAUAAUUCAGUCUGAACAAACUUUUUUUGUUCAAUGUGUCAAUUGUUAAAUGUGUGUUUGUGUUUCUUGAUGAUCAAACUUGCUUUUAUUCU